CAAAGCUAUCAGAAAGGGCCACGAACUGGAAUAACCACAUUGAUAAGAUAUGGAUGUGAAUCAAGCAACUGCUGAGCAUCACCACUAGCAUUCAUGUCAUCUGAACCAGAACCAGCAGCAACCAUCACUGCUUCAUGGAGGCAAAACGAAGAGUACUCCGGAAGAAAAGCUAUAGAAUCUAGGAUACAACAAAAUCACCGCUAGGCAUUAGAAUGACAAUUUUAUGUCAUUGAAAAUCACAGAUCCCUUGUACCAAAAUAAAAUAAAUAAAUAAAAAAACCACAGAUCGCAUUUAUUGAGAUGUUGUAGUCAAGAUCGAGGCGUUACUUGUUUGAAAUCUUCUUUCAAAUGGUGAGUUGUUAAUUUGCUUAACAAUGGUGGCUAUUAGCUUUUCCUCUUUAAGACGCCUACAAAGUUCAAUCAAUCUUUCCUUGAACAUGGAAUUAGCUAACCACAGUUUGGCUAUGAUCCUUACAAGAAAUUCUCAUAAUCCGUUUAGUAAUUUGGCUUCUAGUAGUCACCUCUUUGCUGCCAAAACCAAUGCCUCAUUGUAUCCUUGAUUCUCUAGCUUUUGCUUUGCUUCUGGAGUACUGUUCCUUUUGCCUCCAUGACCAACGUGUUGAAUAGCCGAACAUAUUCAUCAUCUGUGGGUGGCAAAUGAAACAGUGAUGGUGGUACAAAAUUUGCUGCUGGUUCUGGUUCAGUUGACAUGAAUGCUAGUGGUGAUUUUGUUGUUACGGGUGAUUGGGCUGAGAAGAUUAGCAUACUUGGAAGAGUGCGGUAGAGACAGCAUCAUAGGCUGGGCAAAAGGUUAAAGAAGUUUCUGAUGAUCUGACUCCAUAUGUUAGGGAGAGAUUGCUGGCUCUAGACAAAAUCUCAUCUAUUGGCCUAUUUGUGAUUGGUAUAAUGGCUUUGACCGAGGCUUGUGGUGUGGCUGUGCAAUCUAUUAUAACUGUUGGUGGAAUAGGAGGAGUAGCCACUGCUUUCGCAGCUAGAGACAUUCUUGGCAAUAUGUUCAGUGGUUUAUCUAUGCAGUUUUCAAAGCCCUUUUCAAUUGGAGAUACAAUAAAAGCUGGCUCAAUAGAGGGUCAAGUGGUGGAGAUGGGUCUUAUUACCACUUUAUUGCGGACUUCUGAGAAGUUUCCAGUCAUUGUGCCACACUCUUUUUUUACUAGCCAGGUUAUAGUGAUCGAGUCCCGUGCCAAAUAUCGAGCCAUUAUUACUAUAAUUCGUCUGCUAAUUGUGGAUUUAAGUAAGAUUCCCCGUAUAUCGGAUGAUUUAAAAAGCAUGCUAAGAUCAAAUGCAAAAGUUUUCUUAGGAAAAGACAUUCCCUACCGUGUCUUGUCGCGUAGAGAAAGUUCAUAUGCAGAAUUGACUGUUCGAUACAACCUCAAACACAUGGUCCCUCACUCAUCUGAAUAUGUAAUUCCUUUUUGUUAGUGCAAUGCAUUUUGAAGAUGACUUUAAUUAUGAGAAAUUGACAUACUAGCAUAAUGAAACACCAACACAUUGCCUACGGUGUGUGCUAGCGAGGAAAUACAAUA